UUAGAAUCUACGUGGUGAGGUCUGGAACCACUAACCCCGUUGUACACUUAUCACCAUGGUUGAGACUCGUAGUGGGUUAGACACGAGCCCCUAUACUAAGGAGCAGCAAGAGAAGAUGACCGCCUUAGUCAAAGAAAACAGGGAAAGGAAAGAGCGUGAGAAGCAAGCAAAGUUGAAGGCGAUUGCAGACGAACAGGCGGCGAAGAUGAAGGAAAUAGAGGAGGAGAUGGAGAAAAAGAAGAAGGCUGCUGAAGAAGAAGCGGCAACAGAAGAAGAAAAAGAAAGAAUGAGGAUUGAGAGCAGAGAGGGGAGUAGUGGCACGAAGAGAGACACAGACGCAGAGAUGAAGAAGAAAAUAAGUGAGUGGGUUGCUAACUUGUCGUUGGGUGAAGAUGAGGAGGCGCAGAUGUAUGUGCCACAGGAAGAGAAGGCGGCGUUUGCCAGGGCCCUCGCAAUGAUUGAGGACCCCCUUGAACAUCAAGAAGCCGAGGAGGAGAAGAGACUGGAAUGGAAGUUGAGGAUGAAGAGGGAGAAGAAGAGAAGAAGGGAGGAAGCUAACCGGUUGACCGCAGAAGUGGAAAAGGUGCGGACGUGUAGACAGGAAGUCCAGGCACAGACAAACGUUUCUGCCAAAAUGGACAAGAUGUUGGGAUACUUAGAGGUGUUGAGUGAGGCCUGGUUAGACGAACGGCAAGCCAAUCAUGGCCAAGACAUCACCCUGAAGGCCAUGCGGUCAGGGUUUAGAGAUUUUGUGCGCGAGAUCGUCACCCACGUUGGGGGUGAAGUUAGGCAACUGAGGGAUAACGUAGGGAAGUAUUGCGAGGGCGCCAUCGAGGGUGCCAAGGCUAUAGCUGCUGUAGAGGGCGAGGGCAGACCCUGUAAAGAGCCUGUAAAGCUCAAGUUCCCAUACGCGUACGGGGGAAAGAAGGAGGAGAACUUUGACAACUGGGAGGCCAGUGUCAAUAGUUACAUUUAUUUGCAGCAUAUCCUCACAGAGGAGCAAGUCCUCGUGGCCUUUCAGGCCCUCAAGGAUGACGCAGCUAGUUUCGCCAGGUCUCUUGCGCGCGCAGCCGGUUGUGAAAACAACCUGGUUGCGUACUCAAAAGUCACCCCCCUUCCUCAAUUCCUUAAGCUCCUGAAGGAGCGAUUUGCUGACCCAACGAGAGGCGUUCGCGCCUCUGACAAACUACAAACGAUCCACUCACGGCAAUGGAGGAGUGCAAGGGCACUCAAGGGUACCAUGGACGACUUGGUAGCCGUCCCGGACCACGGGGUUACUGAGCCCCAACUGGUCCAGCUGUUUUAUCGUGCCAUGCCAGAGCCCCUGAGGGGGCACUUCUUUGACAAGUCUCAACAGGCCGGGAUCACAUAUGAUGCGUACCUUCACCUAGAGAAGGAUGGGAAGGUGGAGAAAGUUCUCCAUUCCCUAACUCUCCUCGUACAUGAUGACCUUCCCUUCGAUGUAGUAUUGGGAAUGGAUUGGGGAGAGGCAGAAAGGGCCACACUUCAUUUGAGAGAGCAUGAGUGUAGACUCCCUAGCUCGUCAGGCGAGGUUAAGACUGCCCGCCUGUUUCAUGUGUCAGGUGUAGACAACACCUUGGCACAUUGUUGUCUCAGUGCUCCCGCGUUCGCGCGAUUAGUGAAGAAGGAGCGAUUAGAAGAGCAGGUCUUUGUAGAUUAUGUUCGACCUGUCACUGAGGCCCAGGAAGAGGAUAGUUCCGUAGAUCCAACCAUUGCCAAGCUGCUGGAAAAGUUCAAGGAUUUAACUGAGUCGCCGACAGGAGUAGUGUCGCGACUCAUCCAGCACAGGAUAGAGAUAGAGCCUGGCAGUAGAACUCCUAAGGGUGCAGUCUACAGGAUGUCCCCUAGAGAGUUAGAGGAGCUUCGCAAGCAAUUAGACGAGCUCCUCGAAAAAGGUUGGAUCAGGCCCAGUUCGUCUCCUUUUGGAGCACCUGUUUUGUUUGUCCCCAAGAAGGAAGGAGAGCUGAGAAUGUGUAUAGACUAUAGGGGUUUGAACGUGAUUACUGUGAAGAAUGCUGAGCCACUGCCCAGGAUAGACGAUCUUCUAGAUCGGGUGCAGGGUUGUAAGUAUUUCACUAAGAUUGAUUUGAAGUCCGGUUAUCAUCAAAUAGAAGUCCAUCCUGAUGAUCAGUACAAGACUGCCUUCCGGACUAGAUACGGGCAUUAUGAGUUCAUAGUGAUGCCCUUUGGACUAACCAACGCGCCAGCUACAUUUCAGCGUUGCAUAAAUGAUUUGUUUAGACCCUGGUUGGAUAGGUUAGUCGUAGUCUAUUUAGAUGACAUCCUAAUUUUUAGUAAGACCCUCCAGGAGCAUCAGGGUCAUCUGAGGCAGGUCUUGGAGAAGCUACGAGAAGCGAACUUCAAGAUCAACGCGAAGAAGUGCGAGUGGGCCAAGACACAAGUCUUGUACUUGGGCCACGUAUUAGACGGAGAUGGCAUUAAGCCAGAGGACAAUCCGUCUUUGCCAUUUGUCAUCACCACGGACGCGAGUCAGUAUGGGAUAGGCGCUGUGUUACAGCAAGACGACGACAAUGGUUAUAGACUCGUAGAGUUCAUGUCAGCGAGGAUGCCCUGUGAGAAGGGGAAGGUUCAUACUUAUAUUGCGCACCGAGUGAGCAGUGGAGAAAGAUCCUCCAUCGCAACCCGUCCUCAUCCUCCUGAUCGCAGUGGCCUUUCAUCAGCUCUGCGGUCUCCUUCUUGGCUUCGCGGUGGUGCUCAUCACCGCAGUGGUCUUCGUCGGGGCGGUCUCGUGCGCAGCAGUGUUCCUCCUCCGUUUGAGUGGCUUAGGGUGAUACUCACAGGGUUGGAUGAUAUGAGAGACCCGGUGAAGAGCAAACUAGAGUUGUAUCCAUUGGAGGACGCCGAGAAGGCACGUCUGUUGGCAAUUGAACAGCAGCGCCAGCAAAACGAGGCAGCAGCAAAGGCUGCCAAUGAAGAACGACUUCAACGACGCGAGAAGAUAUGCGACGGAGAGCGAGUUUUGCUCACAAUGGCAGCAGACUGGCGGGCCGAGGCUGAGAAUGGGAAGUUGGAAGAGAGUGGAAACAAGAUCGCUCUACUCCUCUCCCAUCUCACGGACCUCCUGGCCACACGCAUUCUCGACGACGUGGUUCAGACACACAAUCAGGUGUUUGACCAACUCACCAACUGCCUCCAGCAGCUAGAACAAACCGUCGCCGCCCCCGUUGCCGGCUCUUCCAACACCUCCGAUCGCCUUGAGGCAUUGAAGAUUGACGUCGGAUCCCUCAAGGACGACGUGCAGUUACAGCAAAACACCACGCAACAGUUGGAGCAGCGGAUCUGUACGGCCGCCACUCACUCGAGAUCGGAACCGCGCGAGACAACUCCAAAGUUCGAUGAUCAGGAGAUCUUCUGCGAUUCGUCGAAGACGGACCCGAUUCCGUGGUUCCGGAAGUUCGAACUCAAGUUGCAACUACACUAUGUCAGUGUGCACAAACAUCACGCGUACUUAUACUCCCGCUCAGGGGGCGCGUGCCAAGCAUGGCUGGACAAUCUCCUGUCCAAGUACGGAGUGGUGGCUGCCAACUUGCAUACCAAGAUCAGCUGGGAUGAUCUAAAGGCGGCAUGGCAUAAGCGGCUCCAAGUAGAGCCGCCAGAGAUCAAGGCAAUGGACAAGUUGAUGACCUUCGAACAAGGCACGCUGCCGAUGCGGAUCACACGGUCAACUUCCACCGGCGUCGCGGUAGCCGACUCUUCACCCACGGACUUGUCUUCAGACCCCCGUGUGGUGCGGUUGCUUGACGAGUUCGCCGAUAUCUUUGAGUCACCUACCGCUGUGGUGCCGGAUUGGCCAAUCUCUCACGAAAUCAUUCUUGAGGCUGGUGUCGUGCCGCUGAAAGGUUGCAUUUACCGCAUGAGCGAGGAGGAGCUUACGGUCCUCCGCGUGACACUCGAUGACUUGUUGGACAAGGGCUGGAUCCGCCUUAGUAGCUCUCCAUAUGGAGCGCCAGUUCUCUUCGUACGGAAGAAGAACAAGGAUCUACGAUUGUGCAUCGACUACCGCAAGCUCAACGCGCAAACCGUCAAGAAUGCGGGGCCUCUUCCUUGCAUCGACGAUCUUCUUGAGCGAUUGGGCGGCGCGAAGUACUUCUCUAAGUUGGAUUUGAAGUCGGGAUACCAUCAGAUUUCGAUCCGACCGAACGAUCGCUACAAAUCCACGUUCAAGACGCGGUAUGGGCAUUUUGAGUGGGUGGUCAUGCCUUUUGGCCUCACCAACGCCCCGACGACCUUUCAAGCGGCAAUGACCAACGAGUUCCAUGCAAUGUUGGACCGGUUCGUGCUGGUCUACUUAGACGACAUUCUCGACUAUAGCCGAACAUUGGAGGAUCAUCUUGAACACCUUCGACGAGUGUUGGAGACACUCCGCCCCGCCAAGUACAAAGCCAACAGCGACAAGUGCGAAUUUGUCCGGCAAGAGCUGGAAUACUUGGGCCAUUUUUGGCCGGAGCCGCGGAGCGUCACGGAUGUCCGUUCGUUCCCUGGCCUUGCCGGCUACUACCAACGUUUUACCAAGGGAUACUCGAAGACCGAGGCCCACUUGACCAAGCUACAAUACGAGGAUCGGCCGUUUGACUUUGGAGAGGAUGCGCGAGAAUCAUUUUUUGCUCUCAAAGCCGCGCUAUUAUCUGCGGAGGUCUUGCGCAUAUACGACCCGCUAUUGCCAACACGCGUCACUACAGAUGCGUCCGGCUGUGGCAUUGGUGUCGUCCUCGAACAACACGAUGGCGUGGACUGGCACCCGGUCAAGUACUUCAGCAAGAAAGUGCCAGUCGUGCACUCCAUUGAUGAUGCACGCAAGAACGCGCUCCUAGCCUUCGUCCACGUGCUCAAGCCGUGGCGGCACUUCCUCCUUGGUCGAAGUCAAUUCCGAUGGGUAACGGACAACAAUCCGUUGGUCUUCUACAAGACCCAAGACACCGUCAAUAGCACCAUCGCCCRUUGSAUGGCUUUCAUCGACCAAUUCGACUUCUUUCCCGAUCACAUUCCGGGGAAGUCUAACCGUUUUGCGGAUGCUCUUUCACGGCGUUCGGAUCAUUGUACCGCAGUCUAUUCGACCUUCGAGAUCGGCGACGACUUGCGGGACAACUUCAUCCGCGGCUACCAAGCCGACCCCGAGUUUCGCGACAAGUACACGAAUUGCUCCUCUCGUAAUCCGGCGCCUUCUCACUACCGGAUCCAAGAGGGGUACUUGAUUGUCCACACGCGGGGGAAGGACCUUCUUUGCAUACCGAGUGACGCUCACUUGCGUACACGGCUUCUUGGCGAUUUCCACGAUGCUCCCGCCACCGGGCACUUUGGAGUCAAUCGCACGAUUGGCCGACUUCGCGAGCGAUUUUGGUGGCCCAAGCUUCUCGACGACGUCACACGCUAUUGCGAAUCAUGCGAGGUUUGCCGACGCUGCAAAUCCCGCAACCAUCGUCCGUACGGCGAGUUGCGACCGCUACCAGUCCCCUUGCGCCGAAGGGAAGCAAUUGUCAUGGACAUUACUGGGCCGUUCCCCAAGCACACGACCGGUGUGGAUGGGAUUCUCACGGUGGUCGACUGACUCACCAAGUUUGCCAUGUUUUUGCCUUGUCGCUAUCAUGCCAAGGCACCGGAGUUGGCCGAGGUUCUUUACGCCGGUUGGAUUCGAACCAAGGGUUACCCCAAGGAAAUCGUUUGGGACCGCGACACUCGGUUCAUGUCCGAUUUUUGGUUGGCGCUCAUCAAACGAUGGGGCUCAUCUCUCAAGCCAAGUUCAACUCGCCACCCCCAAACCGAUGGCCAAACAAAGAGGGCACAUCAGA